AUGUCACCCUCCCAUCUCCGCUCUGGCCCAGUGGCUCCAGGCGUAGCCUUCAUUACAGGCGGCGCCCGGGGCUUGGGGAACGCAAUCGCCGUCUCUUUCGCCAAGGAAGGAGCCUCUGGUAUAGCUCUGGUUGACAUCCUAGACGAGACAGCCUUCGCGGAAGGCAAAGCCGCGGUAGAGGCCUGCGGGAUCAAGUGCAUCACUAUCCACGCGGAUGUCACGGAUGAAAGUCAAGUCGAAAGCGCAAUAGCCGAAACGGUAAAAGAGUUUGGUCGCAUCGACUACGCGGCUAACUUCGCCGGGAUAGCGGGACCACUUUCUUCUGUAGUCGACACAGAUACCAAUGCUUGGAAAAGGGUGCUUGAAGUCAAUGCUCUGGGGGUCUGGCUCUGCAUGAAACACGAAAUCAAACAGAUGGUCAAACAAGAGUCCAUCGUUGUCGAAAGCGGACGAGUGGAUCAAAGAGGUAGCAUCGUGAACUGCGCCUCUGUCAAUUCCAUCCAAUCUGGCGCUGGAAGCUCAGGCUACACAGCAGCCAAACACGCCGUGCUCGGUAUGACUAAAGCCGGUGCCUUGGAAGCCCGCUCGCAGGGCGUGAGGAUAAAUUGCGUCAGCCCCGGUUUCCUCAAGACGAAGUUGCUAGAGGAAGAGUUCACGAAGGCGACAGGGAAGAGCAUGCUUGGUGGUGCGGACGCUUCGGCAGGUGCAUGGUCGAAGUUUGAGGCGAGGCAAGGACGGGAGGCGUCUUUCGAUGAAGUUGGGGACGUGGUCGUGCUGUUGAGCACUCCACACGGUGGAUUUACCAUCAAUGAGAUGGAUGGUUAA